CUCUACGCGUCGAUAUAGCAGCAGCAGAAGCAGCAACAGCAGCGAAAGCAGUCGUAGCGCGUGCGUGCACUUUUUUGUCUUUGAUAUCGACUAAAUACCUGCUCUGGUGAUGCUGAUAUUCCUACGGCCGUGAAUCUGCCUUCGUUCUCUCUUCUGUUCGCGAUCCUACAUACCCCUUCUCUUUAUGAACACAAGCAAACCGAUGCCCGGUCUCAUUCACUCCAGCUAGCAGCCAUCCAUGAAGAAAUAUGCAGCUGAAGGGGUAGUUCAUACCAACAACAUCUCGAUCUUCUACUACGUGUCUUUCUUCCCGCUCCAGAAACGAGACCAGCCACAGGUCUUUGCUACUGUAGGAGACAACGUGGUCCUGACCUGCGCGUGUGGUACCAAUGAACAGCAAAAGGUCAAAAUCCUAGCGACCUACGUCGACUGCAAUCCCGACGAAGCAUUCUGCUCUAUAGCAUGGACCUCGAACCCCCGCACCGGCGCUCCCUGGCUCGCCGUCGGCGGCAAAUCCGGCGUCGUAAAAAUCAUCGACUGCAGCACCGGCACGCUCGUGCGCUCACUCGUCGGCCACGGUGACGAAAUUCUCGACCUGCAAACAUCACCCACCCAUCCCCACGUGCUCGCGUCCUCCUCCGGCGACCACACGAUCCGCAUCUGGAACCUGGACGAGCGGUACGUCGCGCAGCCAUGCGCAGUCAUCUGCGCGGGCGAGGGACACCGCGAGCAGGUUCUCUCGGUCGCGUUCCAUGACUCGGGCCGGUUCCUUGUCAGCGGCGGGAUGGACAACCGCGUGGACCUCUGGGCACUACCGGAUCUCGAUAAACUCGAGGUCGACCCGGACAACCCUGUCGUGCUCUACUGGUCGCACUUCACCACCAACGCUCUGCACGCAAACUACGUCGACAGCGUGGCAUUUUAUGGCGACCUCAUCCUCUCCAAAGCGGCGAAAGAGCACCGCAUCGUGCUCUGGCGCAUCGACGGCUUCGCGUCCAACCUCGCAGACUACCUCGGCCAGCAAAACGCGCCUACGAGCCACGACAAAUCCAAGGACACGCUUUCGGCGUUCGGAAGUGGGUUCACGAGGCUUUUGCAGUUCAGCAUCCCGCACACCACGCCGUGGUAUAUGAGGUUCGGCAUCGGCCAUGGCGUGGGCUGUGGGUCGACGCUUGUCAUGGGCAACGACGCGGCGAAGGUGUAUGUCUUCCAGCUCAAAGAGUACGAGCUCACCAACGAAGACGACGAGGACGCACCAUCCGAUUCUCACUCUUCCUCCUACAUCUCUUCUUCUUCCUACGUCAGCGACGAUGACGAUGACGACGACAACGAAGAAGAAGAGGAUGACGAAAAGCCUGAAACGUCGCAGAGAAAACCCGCGGCAGGCACAGUCAUAAAAAGAGACUCUAUUCCCCUGCCGCCGGGAGCGAAGCCGGGGAAUCAUUUUGCGCUGAAGAAGGCCUGGGUGGCCCCGUCGGCGGCGUAUGCGGGUUCUGCAGGAAUGCGGACGCGCGGGUCGUUUGGUCCGGCAGAUGAGGUUUCUGAUACGGAGGGGAAGGACGAUGAUGACGAUGACGAUGAUGACGACGACGAAGAUGAGGAUGACGAUGAGGAUGACGAUGAAGAAGAAGAAGAAAACAUCCCCCCAAAACGCCGCCGCGUCGACAGCAAGAGCUACAAAAAGGAAGAAGACGAAGACGCCGACGAAAGCGACGCCCGAGCACCCCCGCGCGGCGGCAGACGCGGUCGUGGCCGUGCACGCGGAGGCCGGCAAAGUCGCGUGAAGCGGCGGGAACCUCCGAAGCCGAUGGCGGUGAAGACGACGCGUGGUGCUGCGGAGAAGGAGAAUGAGAAAGAGAAGGAGAAACGCGGCGGGGAGGAGAGCGAGUCGUCUAGAGUUGAAGUUUCGUUGAUUAGCAGUGACGAGGAGGAGGGCGAGGGCGAGAAGACGCAGAGGAAGAGUCGGAUGGUUGCGGAAGCGAACUUGAUCAAUCUUUCGUCAUCGGAUGGGGAGGAGUCGAAAGAUGCUGGGCCGGUGCACGGGAGUAUUCCCGAAACCACGGAAGAGGAUGACGACUACGACGAGCCAGACUAUCAAGAGCGGUCGGGGUUGUCGAUCCGGUUGCCGUUUGCGCGCAAGCAAGCAGUUACAGCUAUGUCUACUAUCGGGAUGAGCGAUGAGGAUUUCGACCCUGUUGAGGACGAUGUACCGCUUAAACCCACAGGUGCCGCGUUCAAGCGGGCUCUCAAACCCCCCGCUGAGGAGCCAAAGACCUCAUCUACCCUCAUGCAAAAACAAAGCUCGUCCUCCUCUUCCUCCUCCGCCGCCACAACCACUACCACCUCUUCCUCAUCAUCAUCCGCGGUCGCAAAGAAACCCACCGUCCUCACGCCGUCCGAGCUCCAGGCGCUGAUCCAGUCCCGUGCCUCUCCCCGCUCUCACUUCGGCCUUCCUUCCGCCGCCGUGCUUCCCGCAGAAGCAGGCCAGCAGGUCAACACCCGGCCCCGCCGUAGCGGCUCGUCACUAACCUCCGCACCCCCUUCUCUCUCUUCACCAAUCCAGCACUCCCCCACCGCACAACCCCUCACCCCACAAGACCACCACCACAAAGAAGACCACAACCAGACACAGCACACCCCAGCAGACGGCAAACCGCGGAAACCGUACACCGAAGACGGCUCAUCUAUCAUCGCCGACCCGUUCGUAUUCAUAAAACCCCACGCCACGCUCGACAUCCCGCGCAUCAAGAGACUCGUGCGGCAUCUGUCGUUUAGUCCGCAUGGCGACUAUUUAGUUGCCUGCGGAGACGGCGGGUUUAUUUGCGUGUGGAAGGUGUAUGGGGACUAGACCUCUUCGUGAAAUCAAAAAUGAUAUACGCAGUUAGUCAAUAUGUUGACAAAAGUUAACUCAUAGAAUUUUCUAUCUUAUACAAUACAGUUGUGACUCUCAUUUACCGGACCCAAGAAUUACAGACCACAUCACUGCCCAGCAGCAAAACAAUAUUUCAAAACACACAAAACAAAGACAAAAGAAAGGAAUUACAGCCGGAAGUUACCAAC